GGCUCGAGAAAGGCAUGCUGCACCUGACCCAGUGCAGUAUCAUUCUACCCUGGACAUUACUUUGGUGACAAGGACAUGGGACGACCUCUGUCACGUUCCAGACAGUUCAUUACGACUGACAUCCUGCUUAAUCUCAGUGGGAAGGAACCUGAGUCUCUUUCUCUGCCUUGCUGUGGGACAUCACAUACUCCUAACAGUAGGAUACAUCAGGUUCUGCAUAUCCUUGAUUGUUAAAGUGACCUUUUCCAAUGAGGAUGUCUGGUACUGUUGCUGUAAAGGACGGUUCCGAAGCCAUGAAAGGACCCGAGACCGACAUGAGACACUCCACCUCUUUAGAAAACCUUAUAAAAUCCGAGGGCCAAGAGAAAUCGCUAAGUGACAAAGAGGACAGCUGCUCCACUAAUCAGCAGGAUGCUGCGGAAAUCACUCAAGUCCAGCUAUCGCCAUCCCCUGCAAAAGAAGAGCAGCCUCCAAAGGUUGAGUCUGAGAAGGAACAGGGGAGCGAGAAGUCUGCGCGCAAAAUGCUAUCAAGAGAUUCUAGUCAAGAAUACACUGAUUCCACGGGUAUAGACUUGCACGAGUUCUUAGUAAAUACAUUAAAGAGCAACCCAAGGGACAGGAUGAUGCUGCUGAAGUUGGAACAGGAUAUAUUAGAUUUUAUUGGUACCAACGAAAGCCAACGUAAAAAAUUUCCACCGAUGACCUCCUAUCACAGAAUGCUGUUGCACCGGGUUGCUGCAUACUUUGGAUUAGACCACAAUGUGGACCAGAGCGGGAAAUCGGUGAUUUUGAAUAAAACAUGCAAUACACGAAUCCCAGAUCAGAAAUUUGAGGAACAUAUCAAGGACGAAAAGAACGCAGAUUUUCAGAAGCGGUACAUUCUCAAGCGCGAUAAUUCAAGUUUAGAUAAAGACGAUAAUCAGAUGAGAAUGAGAUUAAAAGAGGACAGAAGGAGCAAAUCGAUCGAAGAAAGAGAAGAGGAGUAUCAGAGGGCUCGGGAGAGAAUAUUUGCACAAGAGUCUCAGGAGAAUUAUCUAAGCGAUAAGAGGAUCCAAGAAGAGGAGAGUAACAGCACGCAGCAAAGACGGCAGAUAUUUAGGAUCAAUAAAGACGCUUCAGGGCGAUCGGGGAACAGCCUCUUCAGCAGCACGGAGAAUGACAGCAAGUACAACGAACCUCGUCCUUGGAGCAGCACAGACUCUGAUAGCUCCAUCCGAAAUCUGAAGCCUGCUGUCACCAAAGCAAGUAGCUUCAGCGGCAUUUCUGUUCUAACGAGAGGCGACAGCACUGGGAGCAGCAAAAGCACAGGCAGGCUUUCCAAAGCAGGUUCAGAGUCUUCUAGUAGUGUAGGGUCGUCCACUGGCUCUCUGUCCCACACCCAGCAGCAGCCUCUUCCAGUAAACGCACUAAGCCAGCCAGCUCAUGGCACAGCUGCCGUCUAUCCACCUGUCAGCACUAGUAAUUCUCUAUCCUUUGAUGGCGCUAUAAAUGGCCAAGUGACUCCUCCUAGCGCUAGCUUCUUUUUGCUUCCCCUGGAAGCCACAGGCAUCCCCCCCGGAAGCAUUCUGAUCAACCCACAAACAGGUCAGCCAUUUAUAAACCCAGAUGGAACUCCAGUUGUGUACAACCCUCCUGUCACUCA